CGAGCUCCCACAACCACUAUGCCCAAAACCUCCGCCCUCGCGGUGCUGGUCCUCGCCGCCAGCACACAAACCCUAGCGCAAGACCUCAAGCAGACGAUCGUCGGGUGCGUCGAGCUGGAGUGUCCGCCCAGCAGCAAGGACACCGCAAACGACAACUGCACGAUCGCAGACACGGGGUCGUUCCCGUACGUCGGGCUCACGCGGAUAUCCUCCAACUCGUCGUCCCCGCUUUCCAGCCUGUCCUGGGUCAAAGGCGUCAACAUCACCUCCAGCUCCACAUCCACCGUCCCGCGCACCUUUCACAGCUCAUUCUUCCUAGGCGCGCCGCCGACACUGUCGGUGAACGCGUCGUCGUCGGCGACGGGUGCGUGCGCGGUGUUUCUGCGUGGAGCGGAGGCGUGGGAUAUGGCGUUUGGUGAAGAGGUGGUGAAAGAGACGGCGCAGGGGACUUGUGCGGAUGCUAUGGGUGUUUCGUGUGUGGAUGCGUUGGUGGGGAGGGCGAAGGAGAGGAUCGAGGGGUAUUAUGGUGGGAGCGGCGAUGUGCCGGCGUCGAAUGCGGAUGCGUGCGAGAGGUUGCGGCGGGACUUGUUAAACAGCACGUUAGAUGCGUGUAUGGCGGUUUCUAGGGGGUCUUGGACGAAUUUUACUGCUGUUGCUUUGACAGGAAAUGAUGGACCGGAACCUAUUUCACAACGGGAGAACUCGUCGACGACUUGCUGGCCAAUCACUCCCAAGAAAGACAGCCUCAGUCUUGUUGCCGAGUUCACUCAGGUGGGGAGUGACCUGGUCGCAGACGCGGAAAAAGCAUUCUGGGCUAUCACGCCCAUUCUCACGAUAUUUUUCCCAAUAGGAAAUGGAACUGCGACAGACACCAUCGAUGCCUCUUUGUCGUGUGUCAAGGCCAUGGGGCCUGCAAGAGCAUCUGUCGAUACUAUGAACAAUGGUACCGACGACCAAGAUAACGGAGUCAUUUCUCUAUUAUCAUCUAACCUUUCCGCAACAGUUAUCUCUAAAUCAUCCACUGUCGAGGUGGUCAGUCCGCUAGGCAGCAAUCCACAGUUUGCGGAGUGA